AUGCCUACCCGCGUCAGGCCGCUAGCCCGGCAGCUCCCACGAAUCCUCUCGAGAGCAUCGAGUCGGAGCUAUGCCACUUCCUUGGAGCGACCGUUACGAACCGCCCUCUUCUUCCCUGGCCAUGGAGUACAACGGAAGGGCAUGACCAGUCCAUGGGUCGAGGCAUUCCCCCGCACAUGCAAGCCCUUCCUUGAAGAGAUGGACGAGAUCCUGCAAACCAAGCUCUCAACAAUGAUAGAAGAUGGACCCAUAUAUAUGCUGGACAAGACCGAGAAUGCUCAACCUGCAAUCAUGGCCACCUCUGUCAUGAUCCUGCGGGUUCUCGAACAAGACUUUGGCUUCAAGCCGCAAGACACCAUCGAUGUUACACUCGGCCAUAGCUUAGGCGAAUAUGCCGCCCUUGUAGCUGCUGGGUACCUCGAGUAUCCUUUUGCACUCCAGCUCGUCCGGAAGAGAGGAGAGAUCAUGGGUGAAUGCACUCGCAAGGCCAAGGAAGAGUCUGGAGAUAGGUACGGCAUGAUGGCCUUGGUUUGUGAACCAGAUCAGCUGCCUGGUCUCAUUGCGGCUGUCAAGGAUUUCCUAAGCCAGGGCUCAGAAGGUGCCAAGGAUGAUUCAAGCCACGAGCAAGCCAUCCAGCAGGUGUCGAUCGCCAAUUAUAAUUCGAAGAACCAGAUUGUGCUCAGUGGCAGCUUCAAUCGCAUCAAGAACCUGCUGGUGCACAUCAGAGAGUUUGGAGGGCAUGAUCCGCGCGCUGUGGAGCUGAAGUCCAACUCGGCCUUUCAUAGCCCCAUUAUGGAGCCUGCAUACGACUAUAUGCGUAAGGCUCUAAAGCCUGACAAGGUCAAAUGGCCUGGUCUGUGUCCGACAAUUAUGAACGCUAGUGGCAAGCCAGCCGGGUCAAAGGACCAGCUGAUCAACAACCUUGCUAGACAAGCCAUCGAUACGGUGCUCUGGUGGGACUCGAUCAAAUUCCUCGAUCGAGAGGCUGGCUGCAGACGGUACCUCGGUCUAGGACCCGGCAAGGUCGGCCGCAACCUGGUGUCCAAGGAAGUUGGCCGAAGUUCUGCUAAGGGCGGAGGCGUAUGGUCUGUUUCCGAUCCGAGCGAGAUCGAGUCUACCCUGAAAGCACUGACUGAGACUGCUGCUGAAGCCAAUAGCUGA